AUGGGAAACGACAGGGAGAGCUUUCGGUGGAAAGAGGAGAGAAAAACACAAAUCAACGAAACUGCAAAACAACGUCGCCGAUGGCCAUGGUGGCGGCUGCGCUGCCGUCGGCGGCGGGCCACGGGCCUGCUGAGCUCGAAAACGACGUCGCAGAGGGAGCGGAAGCAGGGAAAGCAACGGGCUCUUGGGGAUUUCAGUCACUUAGCUUGGUCGGUACGGAAGGACAUGGAGUUCGUGAAGAAUGGGAUUGGGAAAGGGCUUGAGUGGGCGAACAAGGCCUUUCGGAUUCCUCAGGUCUCCAAAGCCAUUGACGAAUUCGUGUGGCUUCGCAACAUGGAGGAUCCCAACGCCUCUCCUCAGCCCUCUCCUUCUUGGCCUCAACCUUCAUAUCCAGGACUCUCUGGUGUCGAUUUGUUCAUGGCUGAUUUGAAAGCCUUGGAGGCAUAUGGUGCUUAUUUUUACUAUCUGUCCAAGACUUGGUCUAAACCACUUCCUGAAGUUUAUGAUGCACAAAGAGUUGCUGACUACUUCAAUUGCAGGCCACAUGUAGUGGCAUUUCGACUUCUAGAGGUCUUUUCCUCCUUUGCCGCUGCCACGAUCCGAAUUCGAACCUCCGACUCUAGAUUAAGAAAGUUCUUGAGAUCAAGUGGGGAUAAUGAUAUUAACGGGGGCCUGUCUGAAUACAAUUUCGGAGUGGUGUUGAAAGAAACAAUGCUUAAGCUAGGCCCCACUUUUAUCAAAGUUGGUCAAUCGCUUUCCACGAGGCCAGACAUUAUUGGUAGUGAGAUUUCCAAGGCAUUGUCUGAACUGCAUGAUCAAAUACCUCCUUUUCCAAGGAAUGAAGCCAUGAAAAUUAUUGAGGAAGAAUUAGGUUCUCCAGUGGAAUCAGUCUUUAGCUACAUUUCAGACGAACCAGUAGCGGCUGCAUCUUUUGGUCAGGUCUACUUUGCGAGUACACUAGAUGGAUCUACUGUCGCCGUUAAAGUUCAGCGUCCCAACAUGCGGCAUGUAGUUGUGCGAGAUAUAUAUAUUCUUCGUCUUGGGCUAGGAAUACUGCAAAAGAUAGCAAAGAGGAAAAGUGACCUGCGUCUGUAUGCUGAUGAGCUCGGGAAAGGUUUAGUUGGAGAAUUGGAUUAUACUCUAGAGGCUGCAAAUGCUUCUGAGUUUAUGGAAGUGCAUUCUUCCUUUUCAUUCAUGCGUGUGCCAAAGGUACUUCAGCAUUUAAGUCAAAAGAGAGUUCUGACUAUGGAGUGGAUGGUUGGUGAGAGUCCCACUGAUCUACUCUCUAUGUCUACUUGGAGCUCUGUUGAUAAUGACUCUGCAUAUGCAGAGAGGCAGAAGUUUGAUGCAAAAAGGAGACUUCUUGAUCUGGUUAGCAAAGGAGUGGAGGCAACGCUAGUCCAACUCCUGGAAACAGGUUUACUGCAUGCUGAUCCACAUCCUGGAAAUCUGCGUUACACAUCUUCAGGGCAAAUAGGUUUUCUGGACUUUGGUUUGCUUUGUCGGAUGGAAAAGAAGCAUCAGUUUGCCAUGCUCGCAUCUAUAGUGCAUAUAGUAAAUGGGGACUGGGCAUCCCUUGUCUAUGCUCUGACUGAUAUGGACAUUAUAAGGCCAGGGACUAAUAUACGACGUGUUAUAUUGGAUCUGGAAUAUGCACUUGGAGAAGUAGAAUUCAGAGAUGGAAUUCCUGAUUUGAAGUUCAGCAGGGUUCUGGGUAAAAUCUUGUCCAUAGCUCUCAAGUACCAGUUUCGCAUGCCACCAUAUUUCACUCUACUCCUACGAUCUCUUGCCUCUUUUGAAGGUCUUGCACUAGCGGCAGAUAAGGACUUCAAGACAUUUGAAGCUGCAUACCCUUAUGUCUUUCAGAAACUUCUUACUGAAAAUUCAGCUGCAACAAAUAAAAUCCUAUAUUCGGUGGUUUUAAACAAAAAGAAGGAGUUCCAGUGGCAGAGGCUUGCACUAUUUUUAAGGGCAGGUGCAACUAGGAAAGGCUUAAACCGGAUGAUUGUAUCAAGGAAUGAGGCUGCCAUUAAAAAUUUACCUAGUACCUCGAAUAACAUAUUUGAUUUGGCGAAUUUGGUCUUGAGGCUUCUACAUUCUAAUGAUGGUGCUGUGCUGAGACGACUCUUGAUGACUGCAGAUGGAGCUUCAAUAAUCCAAGCAGUGGUCUCAAAGGAGGCAAAAGUCUUCCGCGAGCAAUUUUGCAGGGUUAUUGCAGACGUCUUGUACUUGUGGAUCUUCAAAGCACUUGGACAAGACAUUACGACAACUCGCUAUGGUUCAAAGGUGAUAUUAUCAAUUGGAGCUGGCAACAGAGAGCUAAGCUCAUCUUCCAGAUCAUCCAUGCCUAUCUAUGAUUAUGAUUCCAUUUUACGAGAUCGGCGGCUCAAAGUGAUCUUCUCACAUAUAUUGAAGUCCGCAAGAAGAAAACCAGUAUUGAUGCUGAGAUUCUACUGGGUUUCCUUUGUCAUGCUCCUCACUGCUUCAGCUAUAGCUUGUCAUCGUGUUGUGGUAUCCUUAUCGGAAGCCUACUUCGGCCCUGUAUCAUUGGCUCCCAAGCAAUAUGCAAUGGGCACAUGAAUUUUUGUCGCAACUCUUGUAGCUAAACCUCUUUUGAGGAGGACCAAGUGCAAGCACUGCUCUAAAUUAAUUCCUGAAGUCAAAGCUCACUGAACCGAGAUUCAGUAGAGAACACUGCAUACGAAUACUUUUGUUCUUUUCUUUGAGCAGAUUGAAACAGUGCCAAGGCCAUAAACACGCCAGUUUUCGUGUCGGACUCCAGACUGAAGUCCGAGGCUAAUUCUUCAACAAACAUUUUCUGUUCUUGUAACGAUUUGCGCAUCUCAGCACUGGCAUUUGCAGAGUGGCUUUUUAACAAAGGUGUACGUGGAUGUAGAAUUGUAGACGCUGUUGUUAUGUAUAUUUAAUCAACACCUAACAUGUAUAGCUUCUGUUACAGAUACCUUAUCAUAUUCUUCCCAAGCCUUUAAGGGAUGUCAUUUAUUGUGUA